ACUAUAUAAAAAUAGGAAAGCUCUCUCUGAAAUUCAUAAACACACAGAGGGAGAUGGUGGGUGGUACGCAAGUGCCUGUUGGUGGUUCUAGAAUUCCAAAGCCAGAAGAAGAAAAAGAAGAAGAAAUACGCAUUCUGGAUUACAGAUUCAAGAACAAAGAUGAGUUCCUGAAUUCUAUGCCUCCUGGCUACAGGUUCUCCCCUACUGAUGAAGAGGCCAUCUUAUAUUUCUUGAGGCCCAAGAUUGAAAACAAGCCAUUGCCCAUUAACGGGAUCAUGGAAGUCAAUAUCUAUCAGUAUGAUCCUGAGGAUCUUACAGCGCUGUUUCCUCCAUGCGGGAACCACAAAGAUGGGAUUGACCAAUGGUUCUUCUUUACACCAAGAGACAGAAAGUAUCCAAAUGGGAUGCGACCCAGCAGAAGGGCUGGCAAGGGAUAUUGGAAGGCCAUUGGGGGUGAUAAGGCUGUCAAAUGCGAGAAUCAAACCAUUGGGUACAGAAAGGUGUUGGUUUUCUGCAGGGGAAAUGCACCAAAGGGGGAGAAAACCAAUUGGAUCAUGUAUGAGUUUAGAGGCAAGGAACCCCCAAGAAGCCCUAGUGCAAAUACCAUGAGGUUGGACAUUGUGUUAAGCAAAAUUUAUAAGCAACCUAACAAACCCCUUACAAGAAGAUCAUCAACCCAUGUACCAGAGUCCGAGCCUGAGCCUCCUCAACCAGUGAAGGUUGAAGCUGGUGGAAUGGAGCAAAAUGGGGAUCAAACAAGGCUUUUCACACAAGGCACAGGUCAGGAGCUGAACCAAAUAAUAAGUUAUGCCGAUCCAUACGAGGAGCAGUGCUAUUAUAAUAGCAGCCAGAUGCCUCUCCAAACCCAACAGCCACAGCCCACAACUGAAAUAUUCCAAACCCCUCAAGAACAUGAUAAUUUUGCUCUGCAAAGCAACACCCAAUUCCCUAUCCUGGACCCUAGUGUCUUCAUGCCAUUUCCCACUCUUCAUCAGCCUAUACACUCUAUAGGGAAUGAAUUUGGAGGUCAGGGUCUAGAUAACUUCGAUAUAAUCAAUGGCGCCUUUGGCAACAGCAGCUUUGAUGCAGGGAAUAAUAUUGAUUUUGGCAAUGUCCCUGACUUGGAUGCAUCUAUUGUGUUCGGCAACGUCCCUGGGCUCGAUUCAACUGAUUAUGGAAACCCGGGUUUAUGUCCGAUGUCUUCAAACAUGAAUGGCAACUACGGCCGGCAGCUAUAGUAGUAGUUAUAUAUGCUGGGUUUUCUGGACUUAGUAGUGUUGUUAUAUGAAUGUUGGUAUGGGAUUAUAUUUGUCAUUGAUGUUAUAGCAAUUUAUGACAUAUAGAUUAAAUACAUAUACAAUUUUGAGCCCAAAAA